AUGGAUAAAGACAUUGAGCACCCUAGUGAGAUUCUGUCUAAUCACACUAUCACUAACAUCAGCUAUUUGCAGUUUUUGAACUUUGAUACAUGCCAACCUUCCUUCCUUACAGAAUUCUUGCUUAUUACAGCCUACACUUUAGUUACAAUAGUGGGGCUUUUUGGAAAUCUUUGCCUGAUUAUUAUAAUAAAGAGACAGAAAGAAGCUCAAAAUGUUACCAAUAUUUUGAUUGCCAACCUCUCUUUAUCAGAUGUCUUGAUCUGUAUCAUGUGUAUUCCCGUCACAGUUGUGUACACCUUAAUGGACUACUGGAUAUUUGGGGAAGCUAUGUGUAAAAUAAGUUCUUUCAUACAAAGUCUGUCUGUCACAGUCUCCGUUUUCUCACUCGUACUGAUUGCUAUUGAGAGAUAUCAGUUAAUUGUGAACCCACGUGGCUGGAAGCCUAAUAGUUCACAUGCUUACUGGGGAAUUCUUUUCAUCUGGGGGUUUUCCCUCAUAAUAUCCAUUCCUUUUUUAAUAUUUCACCAAUUAACAGAUGAACCCUUCAAGCAUCUAUCUUUCCAUAGUGAUUUCUACAAGAACAAGGUUGCUUGCAUCGAAGCAUGGCCGUCUGUUACAGAACGACUGAUUUUUACCACCAGUCUGCUGGUUUUCCAGUACUGCUUCCCACUGGGGUUUAUUUUUAUCUGCUAUCUCAGGAUAUUUGUACGUCUUCGAAGCAGAGGUAAAAUAGACAGGAUGAGAGAGAAUGAGAGCAGACUGAGCGAAAACAAAAGGAUUAAUAUGAUGUUGGUAUCAAUUGUUAUGACUUUUGCAGCUUGCUGGUUGCCUCUCAAUAUAUUCAAUGUUGUUUUUGACUGGAACUAUGAAGCACUAAUGAGCUGUAAUCAUAAUCUAGCAUUUACAAUAUGCCACCUUGUGGCCAUGAUCUCAACAUGUAUCAACCCCAUCUUCUACGGCUUUCUCAACAAGAAUUUUCAGAAGGAUUUGAUUGUAUUAGUUCACCGCUGCAGAUGCUCAGCAUCGCAAGAGGAAUAUGAAAAUAUGGCCCUUUCAAAUCUGCAAACUGAUGCAUCUAAGGGAUCUCUGAAAUUAAAUAGUCCCCCUGUGGAUAUCUAA